UGUCAGUUUGACGUUUAACCUUGUGUAUUGUGGUGUAGGUAGACCGCCCGACGCUGUGUAGUUUAAAUUUAAUGUUUUUGGUGUUAAAAAGUUCAUGACCAUGGGAGAACUAACGCUCACCAAUUUGUUCGAGUCUCAAACUAUAUUCGCUGACCACAAGGACCUCAUUCACGAUGUGGCCUACGAUUUUUACGGGGAACGAAUGGCUACUUGCUCGAGCGACCAGUAUGUGAAGGUGUGGGACUCGGACGGUCGCGAUGGCUGGAAGAUGACUGCCAGCUGGAAGGCGCACCACGGCUCCGUGUGGAAGGUCACCUGGGCCCACCCUGAGUUUGGGCAGGUUAUUGCUACCUGCUCAUUUGACCGCACUGCUGCUAUUUGGGAGGAAGUUGGUGACACCACAGCCCCAGGCUCAGAGAAAGGGCUCCGAACAUGGCUGAAGCGAUCCAAUCUAGUUGACUCCAGGACCUCCGUGACAGAUGUCAAGUUUGGUCCUAAACAUUUGGGCCUAUUACUAGUCACAUGCUCGGCUGACGGCAUUAUUAGGAUAUACGAAGCCCCCGACGUGAUGAACCUGGCGCAGUGGACGCUGCAGCAUGAGAUCCCCACGAAGGUGUCCAUCAGCUGUCUCUCCUGGAACCCCUCACUGUCAAGAGUAAACCCACCAAUGAUAGCGGUGGGCAGCGACGAGCCGAACACGGCCGCCGUCACCCCGGUCAAUGAUAAGGGCGUGGCUUGCAACGGAAAGGUUUUCCUCUAUGAAUAUAGCGAAGCGUCUCGCCGCUGGACUCGAACCGACUGCCUCUCGUCAGUCCAAGAGCCUGUUAACGACAUCGCCUUCGCUCCCAACCUCGGCCGCUCAUUCCACCUCCUUGCAGUCGCCACUAAAGAUGUCCGGAUCAUCAAGAUAGAACCCAUCACAGAUUCGUCGACAUCCUCAAACGGUUCAAACGUGCGCUUCAAAACGGAAGUGAUGGCGGCGUUCGAGGAGCACUACUCGUGCGUGUGGCGCGUCUCCUGGAACGUGACGGGCACCUUGCUGGCCUCGUCGGGGGACGACUGCAGUGUUCGCUUAUGGAAAAUGCAAUACCUGAACCAAUGGAAGUGUGUGGCCGUGUUCAAAAACGAGACCUUACCCGGCGACAGCCCGCCCCUCUCCAGACCACACACCACCUACAUGCGCAUGGCCACUAUGGCCAACCCGGGCCACAUGCCCUUCCACUGACCCCACUCGACCUGGCCACAGUGUAUCACGAAGUGACCUCCAAGUGUGACCGCGGCCAGGAGUUACGCAGAACAGUGAUCAAUGGACAAGUUAUGCUGGAUUUGUGGCGUGUUAUUUUUCAUCGGAAUGUAGUAAAUUAAAUAACAAUAAUAACCUUCAUACAACGUCUCGAGUGUCAUUGUUGUAGGUGGCGCUAUUUCAUAUUUUUGUAUUAAAAUGACCUUGCUGCUAUUUCUAACUUCGAAAUUGCUUUCCUUACUUUGGUCACUGUCAAUGAAAAGCACAAUGAAAGAGUAAUCGAAAAUAGAAUCAUAUUAAACUAAUUUUAUUGAAUAGCGUCAUCUAGUGAGUUCUCCAAAAGGGGUUAUAAAAGAGGUAGAUAGUCAAAGAAAACUUUGUAGCCAUAGUAAAUUUACUGCCAUCUUUCGACACAUGAUUAAAACUUUUAGAACACCAUUUAACUUUGAUCGUUAUAAAUUUACUGAUAUGUGUUAAUUUGAAAAUAUCAAAAAGUGGUGCCAUCUAAUAGAGCGACGGCGCCAUAACCAUGACGCCACUUUUUGUUAUUUAACAAACUUAACACAAACCAAUGAAAGAAUUAAGCAUCAAAGUCAAAUGGCGUUCUAAAAGUUUUAAUCAUAUGUCGAAAGAUGGCAGUAAAUUUACGUGGCUACAAUGUUUUAUUGACAGUACGCCUCCAUUUCAAAUUCUCUUUGCUAAUAGAGAGACCUAUGCGGCGCUGUAUGGGAGUUGUAGGAAUUAUAUUUACUGGUUUCUGUUUUUAAUGUUAAGUUGUUUUGGUUUUGUAUGUGAGUUGCGAACAAGUAUGAACUUGCACCGAUUUUAAUCUUAUAAUUUAAUAGUUUUUUUCGAAAUAUGCUCUUAUUCACGAGGAGGGUCUUAUAUAUCAAAAUGGUUUUGCAAUGCACCCUUGCCUUAUGAUACUUAUAAACAUGUAAAGGACGCGUUUCCUCCUGACAGUACAAUAUUCAUUUAUAUGAAAAUAACCACGCUUUACGCCUAAUCAAAGAGGUUUAUUUUUUAUUAUGAAAUAAGUACAUUGAGUGGGAUCUGCCCGAGCAUGCAUAACAUCAUAGCCAUCAAAGAAUUCUUUCACUCUCGCGAAAUCGGUUUCAAAUUCAAAUUCUUUAAACGGCUGUUAUAGGCUAAUAGGUUAAAUCAUAUAGUACAAAUUUUCUCAAAUUAUUUUUACGCCUCAGACCCUAAUCAAACCUUUGCUUUGUUUUGUAAUUAUUAGCUAAAUGUGACGAUCGGUCACCUAUUUCCGUGACCGGUCAGAUAACAGAAUGAGCUGUUACAUGAAUUUGAACCAUAUAAAUAGGACGGUAAUUUUUUUUUAAACGAGUUCCUGUUCAGUCAGUAGCAUUGGUAACCGCUGCACAAAAGAAACAAAGGCUUUGGUUUAACAGAUUAACCCCCUUAUUCAUAAACGUAUCAAUCAUAUUGCCUGGACAGAGAUCAGUGGAGAGAUUGGGGGGAGGCCUUUGCCCAGCAGUGGGACACGACUGGCUCCAAAUAAUAAUAAAAAAAAAUUCAUAAACGUGUACUAAAGUUACGAUGCCGCUGAUCAGCGUUUGUCCCUUUCCAUCAUACCAAUACGUCGGAAAGGGACAAACGAUGAUCAGUGGCAUCGUAACUUUAGUACACGUUUAUGAAUAAGAGGGUAAGAAUCUGAGACGUAAAAAUCAUUUGAGAAGAUUCAUACCACAAGAACUGGCGCUAGAUCUCUACUGAACUUCAAAAGCUUCCGUGAAUAUACAGCUAGAGUCCUUCUUAGCUAACUUUGCACUGGCCUGAAUAAAACAAAGCGGGACAGUGGCAUUAUAGACGACAUUGACAUGGAAAUUAGACAUGGCCACACUUUGCCGUUGCAAACGCGUGCCGUGACUCGUAUGGCCACGUUAUUAAAGGUUACAUUUGACAAAUCUGCGCGUCAUCGUGGAUGACACGACCUAUAUGGCUGUAAAGCUAUUGGUACAAUCAACCAAUCCGAUUCCUAGGCCACUAUGGAGAACGUUGUCGAUUUACGCACUAUACAUUAUUCAUUAAGCACUGCAAAAGAUAAACAAAAUUAAUUAUGACAUGGUUCUAUGGUGGCCUCGAAAUCGUAUUGCUUGACUGUAUACCUACAUACGUUUUUUUAGGUAGAAGUUCUGUAUCAGGUCUGGAACCUGUUACUGAACCUAAGUAAUAAAACGCAUGCUUUGCGGGUAGUAAAAUACUGUAAGAAUAGCUACAAGCUCGAUUUUAAAUAUUGUAAUGUUGCCAUCGUUGAAUUCUUUAUACAACUUUUUUAAGCAAUCUCUAAGAUUAAUAAAUUUGUAAUAAACACUUGUAUCAGA